AUGAUGAGCUCUGAAAAUCGCGAUGGGCCACGCUAUCGCUAUCAUUUUGACGACGGAGUUCCAGUGAGAGAUGAAAUCAGAGGUAAUCUCGCAGAAGUGUCGCUGAAUUCAGAGAUCUCGAUGAGCAUUGACACACGACGACAGUGCUCGUCUUUAAUCAGGCAAAGUGUUAUGUCUAUAAUUGCCUCCGGGCCAGAUAAACUUGCCAUUUGGAUCGGCCUAAUUGUCGCUCCGCCGACGGCCGCGGCAGCAUCGACAAAGCAUUCUCGAGAACCUCCUGAAUCGCCAACACGACGGCGACGACGUCCCUCGAACGAACAAAUG